AUGGGAAAACCGAAAUUCAUCCUCUUCUCAUUAUUUUUUGCGACCUGUUUUUACUCUUUUACAUUGGCAUCUUACAAUCUGGAUACGCCAUUAAGUAAUAUGGUGCGGGAUCAAAUUAAAUUGGAAAUGCAAGCCAGUUUAUUUUACCAGACAUACGGACACUACUUUGAAAGUAGUGAUCAGGCCUUGCAUGGAUUUGCAAAAUAUUUCACUGACCAAUCCUUAGAAGAAAAGAAACAUGCAGAUAAACUGAUGACCUAUUUGAACCAGCGUAACGUCCAAGUGAAGACUUUGUCAGAAGUCCCUGAAUUCUGUCCUAAACUGAAAUUUAAGAAAUUGUGUAAUUUUAUCACUGGCAACAAGACCAAGUCAGAUUUAAACAUAGACAUUCCUUUAACUGCAGUGCAGAAUGCCAUUGACCUUGAAGAAAAAGUCUUUGAUGAACUGGAAAAAAUAGCUGAUGGUUCUGAUGCACAGUUAAGCCAUUUCAUCGAACAUGAAUAUUUGGAUGAACAAAUUGAAUCCAUAAAAGAACUUAAAGAUUAUGAGACACAACUGACUAAGAUUAAUGGAAGUUACAUUGGUGUGCUUCUGUUGGACCGAUGGCUUAUGGAAGGCAAGCAAAACAAAUUAUAG